UUACAGUUUCAGUCAUAAAUCAAGGGAAAAUUAUAUUAUGAAACGAUUGGAUUGAACAAAUUUGAAUUAUUUUUCAAUAUAAAAUUUAAUGAUUAGGAUAUGAGUAACAAUAUUUUUACAGAUGAAAAUAUGUUAAUUUGAAUUUGACAAUUUUGGCGCCUCAAUAAAUGAUGUUGAUAGUUGCUCAGUGGAAUCUUGUGAUAAUUAUUCUAGAUUUGUGGAUGCAAGGAAGGAUUGAUAGAAACAUUAAAUUUUAAGUGAAAAUAACAUAUAUUAUCAAAUAAAUUCUGAUAAAGAAGUUGGAACUGAUGUAAUUCGUAUAAGAAUUAUUCAUCCUGGAAAAUUGGAAUGCUUGUUGAUCAAAGAGUCAUACGACUUUAUUCCUCUGUCAGUAGACAUUCGUCCAACAAAUCUGUAUUUUCCAACAAGCAAUUUUAGUUUUAAACAAUAUUGUGAUAUAUUUUGCCUAUAAAAUGUCUGACUGAGUAAGAAGUGAAACAAAUUUUAUUAUGAAUGCAUCUGAUCAACCUGUAUUGUAAUUUCAAUGAGUUCUGGAGAUGGUGUGUAAAGAAGAUGUGUUAUUAUGGUUCAAAGACUUGGACAGUUAUAAAAGGAUAGAUGUAUUAUAUGAUUUGUUAAAUAUGUGUCUCCCUUUCGAAUUACGGUUUCUAGGAAGUUGUGUGGAGGAAAUUGGUAAACAUACGUAUCAGGAGCUUCGUGGUCCAGCUCUCUUAGCUAAUGAUUAUGAAAAAUUAACUAAAGAUACAUCUUUGAAUCAAAGUCUUCUAGAUGAUAAUAUUAGACAUCGUGUAUUAAUAUAUUUAUCACUUCUAAGUAGUAGGAACUACACUGUAGCUAAUUGGUUAUAUAAAAAUUUUUUGAGGACAGAGUGUGUGGAAGAAUUUCUCCUUAAAACUAGUGUAAAAAGUGAUAAUUUACUCAGUGAAUUUUUAUUAUUGUAUACAAUGGCAUUACAUCAUCCUGCAUUUACUUUUGAACAGAAAUUGUUUUUUGGUAAUCUAUUGAAUCGUUUGGUGGACUAUAAAGAACAUAAGAACAGGUUCUCACCUAAACCAAGCAUGUAUGGAUAUCCUCCAGGGUUUGGAUUUCCUUCAUUCAAGGCAACGGUGGUAACAGAAAAUCCUUCAAUACCUGUCAAAGCCAACAUGACCAUGUCUUAUGGUGACUUGAAAAUACCUUUGUCUAGUCUUCAUCCUAUGGUGCCACCUCAGCAGCCCCUGGAUUAUACUGCCACUAUUUGGAAUCGUCCAGGAGUCCACUGCGGAGCACCAGAGGUUAAUCGCCUCCAGGUACCACCAUUUCCUCCACCACCUUCCAUAUCGCCGCUAGUCAGCCACGCAGGCACUCCUACACAUAGUAGGAGUACGUCACCUCUCCGGACUACAACUGUCAACGUUCGUUUACCCCUUACGGCCAGACCUCCGCCACUACCUAGUGUGGACGUGUUGGCUCCGCCCCCAGUUGCCAGUGUACUUCCAUCUCUCUCUCAACCAGUGUCUAUUGAUCCAGUGUCUCAUUCUAGUCUGCCUCCUAUGUUCGGCAAUUCCACCGAUCUGAAGCUUCCUGAAGAUGAGUUGACCCAGUUGCCAGAUACUCAAAUAACCGACACUCCAUGGGUACCACCAAGAGGAAUGCUACCAGACAACCUGAAACCGCCAAAUGGUCUCUGCUACCCCCCGCAAUACUCUCAUAAAAUACCCGUACCAUAUCUGUUGGAGCAAAUGCAAGCACUGAAUAUGGAGGGGGAAAACUCCUUACAUCACUCGAAUUCUUCUAGCAAUAGCAGCUUGAACCAAUCUCCGCCUGAAACACCUACAGUCAUGCCUCACGGACCUGGCAGGGGUCCGGAAAAACCCAGGAUGAACGGCAUUCCACCACCCCCUCCUCCCACGGCAUUUAUAAAUAACCUGCCUCCCAUGUGUGAUACUACCCCCCCACCUCCAGCUUUUAAUAACUGUACGGUGCCUUAUACAAGUUACCCUGCAACCUACAACCAGAUGCCUCCUAACAGGUCUAUAUUUCAAUAUACAACACAGCCUUACUGCAGACCGCAUUUCAAUGCUCCAUUUCCUAACUAUCAGAAUACCGAAAACACAAUACCACCCUACACAGUUCCUUAUGUCUCCAUUCUCUAUUCUAGCCCCCAAUUUGCUCCUAGACAACCGACAGGUUGUUACAACUGCGGGUCCACCGCACACAUUGGCCAGGAUUGCACUGCACAGAAUAUCGAGGAGAUCACACAGAAGAAAACAUACAGUCUAGACUAUAAUAACGCGAUUCGAGAUGCAGAGAAUAAGUAGAAUUCAUUUUUUAUUAGGUGUGAUCAAAACGGAUACCAUACUGUUUUAUUAUUUUUGUUUAUCCAAGAAGAUUGGUGAUCUUUUGUAAUCUAAGCUGAAAUUAAUAACAUAGCUAGGUGCUUUUUUGAGCGCAAAGAGUGCUCCCAUUCUGAUUUAGGAAAACUUACAAGUAUCAUAACCUAUUUUGCGCAAUGUGACAUGUCAUUAAAUUAUGAAGUUUAGAGAUAUCAUAGAAUCUAAAUCUGUAAUACAGUUUUAUCAACAAGAAGUGAUCAGAAUUAUUACUAGAGAUACUCAUAAGUUGCAAAUCAAUAGUAGAGCUACUAGCAGCUAUUCAACGUUUGGUUGGUGCAUGUCAAUUUUCAUGAGAAAAGAAGAAUAACAAUUUUCAUGAAUACCUAGAACAGAUUAAUUACUUCAAAACUCAAAUUGCAAAAAAAUGCUUGCUUUACUUUCUGAAGAGACAAAUUGUUCACAUAAAUUUAAUAAACUUGUGUAGGCAGUAACCACCAGUUUAUCAAUUCAAUAUUUCAACUGCACAUGUGAGAUGUUAUGACUUAAUUUCCAUAGAUGUGCAGAUAUCAAGCAUCUUAUUCUGCUUUUCACAUGCAUCAACUAUAUAUUUGAGAUCUCCAGAAAUAGUUCAUGUUCUUGUGAAGAAGUCUUUUAUUUUAUUUUUAAUCCUUAAUUUCAGAUCGAAUUCUUUAUGAUAUUUAUUUAGUAUUACUUCAUGAGAUUAAUAUUUCAACUCUCAAAAUUUGACACUAUCAGACUGUAAUUUGCCAAAGAAAAAGCUUGACCAAACACUAAAUUUAUCUUAUUUUUUUUUUUUUCAAAAGCAUAAGUUAAUCUUUUUUAUGUGAUUAUCAAU